AUGUUUUCAUCAACAAUAACUGUUCCAACACUACCAAUACCAGAUGAUGGAAUUUGUGCAAAUGCAACAUGGCAUACAAAUGACAUCACUGUAGCUGGAGGAAAUGGACGAGGAUCUGGCAAUAAUCAAUUGAAUGAACCUUUCGCAGUUGUUGUUGAUCGAAUGGGGUAAUCAACGUGUGAUGCGGUCGAUUAAAGAUUCCAAAUCAGGUACUGUUAUUAUGGGUGGGCGAGGAAUGGGAAGUCAACCAUAUCAAUUAUCACGACCAAAAUAUUUAGCAUUUGAUCGACAUGGCAAUUUGUAAGGUGCACGCAAUGCAAAAAUCGAGUGAAAUUUAUUUUUAUUAUUUUUGCACAUGGUUUGAUAGAGCGUGAGCCGCUGAUCACGAUGCACUACUUUUUAUCCCUUUAAUAAGCUAUUUUGUGGUCAAAAAUCGCAAAAUCCUUGAGGAAACCGACUUUUCUCAAAAACGAGGUUUUUGGACGAAAAUUGCAAAAACCACUGUGUUCUCGUUCUUGAAACUUCUUGAAAAUGUUUUUUUCGGAUUCAGCAUCAAAAACUGAGACUGGGGAAACGUCUAGAAAUAUUAUUGACCGGAAAUUCUUCUAAUGGUGACAUUUUUAGUAUGUGUGACUACACUAAAAAUAGGUGGAUCUUGUAAACCUAACUACUUUUUCUAGAGAGGCGCGGGAGCGAAAUUUUUUUUUUCAUUUUAAUCAGCAUGUCACCCUCCAUCAAACUACGUAUCGCU